UUCAACUGCACUUGUAUUGCAUUACUAAUGAUAAAAGAUGACGUGUGAUUACUUACUGAUAAGAAUUCUUUUUUUUUAAAAAAAAGAGACUAAAUCCCAUAUAUGUCAAAUAUUACCAUCUUUAUAAAGACAAUGACAACCUCCAAUCUCACUAAGUUUUUAUUGCAUUCUAAACACAAGUAAAAGCACCAAAGCAGCAAAGUCAGCAAAGCUAGUAACUGCUAAGCUAAGCUUGAAAUCAAGGAGACUUUUGUCUUGUGUGUGUGUGACUUUUUUACUGAUCCAAAAUUAAAUUUCAUUAUCCCAUUUAUUUCGCUGACCUUUUUUCUCUGCCCAUCUUUUCAUUUAUAAUCAUCACAAAACGUUCUCUCACCCCAUAAACCUCUCCAUAUCUUUGUGUAUAUAAAGACCAUACUACUGCUACCUUUUAUGCUGAUCUGCACUCUCAAAUGGGUCGAUCACCAUGUUGUGACAAGGUUGGCUUGAAGAAAGGACCAUGGACUCAUGACGAGGAUCAGAAACUCUUGGCUUAUAUUGAAGAUCAUGGUCAUGGAAGCUGGCGUGCCUUGCCUGCAAGAGCUGGCCUUCAAAGAUGUGGUAAGAGCUGCAGGCUUAGAUGGACUAAUUAUCUAAGACCUGACAUUAAGAGAGGCAAAUUCAGUUUGCAAGAGGAACAGUCCAUCAUUCAACUCCAUGCCCUCUUGGGGAACAGGUGGUCGGCUAUAGCCACUCACUUACCAAAGAGGACAGACAAUGAAAUCAAGAACUAUUGGAAUACCCAUCUUAAGAAAAGAUUAGCCAAAAUGGGUAUUGAUCCAGUCACUCACAAGCCUAAAAAUGAUGCUUUGCUGUCCACAGAUGGCCAAUCCAAGAAUGCAGCUAACCUGAGCCACAUGGCUCAAUGGGAAAGUGCCCGGCUCGAAGCCGAGGCUAGAUUGGUUAGAGAAUCAAAGCUUAGAUCAUCCUUUAACACCCCAACAACGUACAAUCUUUCAUCAGCUUCAACUUCAGCUUCAGCUCAGCCAAAUAGGUCGCUUGACAUGAUGAAAACUUGGAGUUCUGGUGGAUGUGACUUGGAGUCUCCAACAUCAACUCUCACAUUCUCAGAAAAUGCACCACCUAUUAUGACUUCCUCAGUUGGGGACAACUUAGUGCAUACAAUAGAAUUUGCGGGUACUUCAGGUAAUUCAUCUUCAGAGACUGGUAUUAUUAGAGAAGAAGGUCAUGAACAGGAUUGGAAAAGUAUGGAGAAUUCUGUGUCUUUCACUUCAGGAUUCCAUCAUGAUAUGACUCUAUCUAUUGAAUCUGCUUGGGCUUCUCCAGAGUACUCUUUGAGAGGUAACAGUGAGCAUGUUAAUAUUAUGGAUGAAGGGUUUACUAGUCUUCUGCUUAAUAAUUCCGGUGACCGGAGUUUGUCCGAUAGUGGCAAAGACAGUGACAAUUGUGGUGGUGGUGAAGAAGGUAGUAAGUAUUAUGAAGAUAACAAGAAUUACUGGAACAGCAUUCUUAAUUUGGUGAACUUAUCUCCAGAUCAUUCACCAAUGUUGUGAUGAGGACAUAAUUCUCUAUGCAUAUGAGAUGUUUCAAUUGUUAAUACUUUUAGCUUAUUUCUCCCCACUUAAUAGAUAGAAUUCAACCGUUCAAUAACAAUCCAUCUCUCUCUCUCU